UAAAGAUCCUUGGUUGUUUCAAUGGCGGCACCACUUUGUCAAGCUCCAUCCGAAAUACCACGACAAUGGUUACUCAUGAUGUCAAGUCCUGUUACGACUAUUGUGAAGAAUCCACCCUCUUUGCAUUGAGCUCCGAUGCCUGCUUUUGUUUCCUGGACAAUUCCCGCUUGUCUGAACUCGUGAAAUGUUAUCCACAGAGGUGCUCGGGUUCAAAGGCUGAUUUCUGUGGCGACAGUAGUAUUAUUGCUGUUGUUUAUCAAGCAGUUUCUGAGCAGCACCAAGGACUGGGGGAGUGCCUUGCCUCGGGUUACAUAGGGGAGUACAACCUCACUGGAGCCCAGUACUACCAGUUUGGAAGACCAAUAGUCCUGCCGUGUGCUGAUGACGACAUAGGAUAUAUGUACCGAACAGUCCUGGGUUUCCCCCAUAGUCAUCACCUGCAGAUAUAUACCUUACCUGUGCAGUCCUGGCCGGAUGCCGUAGAACAAAGUUAUCAGACAGCAGAGGGCAUACUGGAAUUUCAGUCUUUUCUUAUUCCCAAACAAUCAUUGCUAACACCAAUGGCUGACGAUAAAUACUGGGUCGGACUGUUUAGAAGACAUCAGAUGACUUUCGGCACUGAUUUACCAAGUUCUUCCUCUACCCACUGUGUAGCUGGAAGAUUAGACACUAACGGAAAACUGUCUACUGAAUUCCGUCCCUGUGCUGAUUAUUUGAGAGUGUUGUGUCAAUACAAUGACGUCACUUCCUCUCACGUGACAGAGAUGACCCUUAUAGUACGACAAAAAAUAUCAACUAUCGCCACCAAUCAAUCGAGCGGAUUCACCAGAAAUAACAACAGCUCGGGAGCAGGAGAUGGAUUUGCUGACCAUUUUAAGUGGUACAUCGUGCUCGCCGUUCUUUCCGCUUUGUUACUGCUGGUGAUCGUGAUCACGGUUGUCUGCUGUUCUCUGAAAAUAAAACGACGUAAAGCAAUCAACAUCCCCGAGAGCACCCCAAACAACUACACGGAUUUCAGAGUAAUGCUUGAAAGCAACGAACAUUGUGGAAUGACAAAUAGCUCGGGGGAAGAAUUGUAUCUCACUGUAUCGGAACAAGAGCUGGCCACAGACACUAUGGUAGACAGACCACGUUUAUCGCUUCCGCCGCGAAAAUGUUUUAUAGGAAAUGUCCUUGAAUUGAACGGAACAGAAGCAUCGACGGAUGAUGAGCACAAAGAAUUAGAGAGCGCUUACAGCGACAUUAAAGACGAACUAGAAAUUUACGAUGAGACCUCUUUGGUUGAAUUAAAAGGCACGUCAAGGAGCGCGGGAACUGUGGCACCAGAUGGACAGUAUUUUGUCUUAGAAAAAGUUUACCCCACUGACACACCCAGUAGAAGUUUUAAACACAGAGAUAGCAAAGAAAAUGAAUCUGUUCAAACGGAUAGACAAGGUGGCACAGGUGAUAUGUACUAUAAAGUAGAAAAAUCAGAUACGGGGGUAGUUUUUUAUCAUGAACUGGAACGACGAAAAUCAGACGAUAUUGCUUCUAGUAACUUGACCGAUGUAGAAAAACAUGAUGUUAGCAACAAUAUAGUAGUAUAUCACAAAUUAGAAAAACCGUCAAAAUCUCCUCCAGACGACAGCCUGUCAAAAUCUCCUCCAGACGACAGCCUGUCAAUGUCUCGUAAACGGACGAAGAAGGAAGUUUCCUUUCCUCAGAAAACAGGAACCAGUUUGGAACCGAAAAACUCGUACGAAAAACUGUGGAAAGAUGACGGUUCAACUAAUAAAGCUAAAAGUGUGAAAAUAAAAUGGAGUCAAGAGAGUAAACAACCGCAUGCUAGAGUAAACGUUUCCGCUUCCGCUCCGUCGGUAAAUUCUGCACGUCGCAACAAAGGCUCUACACAAACACGUGGAACUGACCCUAAAGGAAAAGGAACCGGAAACAGAGUAAGGGUCAGUGCACUACCGGAUGUUUCGUCACCUACAAGUGAUCCAGUAUAUGACACUAUGAACAAUCCUCAUGCAAACUCUCCUUCAACGGUCUGUGACGAAGAAUAUGACACAAUGGAAAGCGUUCGAGCCUAUCUCGGUCAACCUCAGCCCAGUGUUAAAUUAUAGUGUUUCGGAAACUUAGAGUAAUACCUGUUUUUUUUAAAUGCCACAAAACCCCCCGAAUAUUUUAAUGUUACCAAUUCUUUGUGUCACAAGAGCUAAGAGUUAGCUCGCGUGAGUAAGCGUCAAAUGGUUUUUUUCCCAAUAAAUUCAAUCUGUUAUCUA